AUGGAAACCUUCUACUCUGCCCUCCAAGCUGAGAUCCGUGCCUUCAAGGAGCAGGUGCGGAGCUGCCAGGAGGGCUUUGACCUGCAUGCCCUUUACAAGGUGCUGCUGCUGCUGUUCCCGGAGAGCCAGCCAGGCGAGGUGCAGAGCAUAGAGCAGCUGAGAAGGCACGUGGUGUGCAAGGACUGGACAGGCCAAGAGGCAGCAAAGCCUCCAGCGGGCGACAGGGACUGCAGCAUCCCUGCCUAUGUCUCCUGGCUUAGCUCUUACCUGGGGUAUUUAAAUUCUUUAAAAGACACGUUUGAUGCCAAGGUGGUGUUCCCCUUGUGCGAGAACCUGUAUGUCAACGAGGAGCCGGGGGGCAGGUCAGAGCCUGGGUUGCUUGUGGGCUCCCCCUGCCCAUCCGGUUCUGGGCACGGGAAGGAGGAGCAGCCCUGUGUCACAGAGUCCAUCGCGGACGUCGCCAGGCAGCUCUUUGCCAUCAGGAGGAAGUGGGCCCUGCUGCUGCAGGGCGGGAUGAUCGAUGACCGGCUGCUGAGCCCCCAGAGCCUGCGAGAUCUACAGGGCUUUGCCCAUGCCUGUCCCUUCAGGAAGGUCCUGAAGCUGGUCCCCAACAUCUUUCACAAGAGCUUGGCCACUGCAGAGCUUGCCCAGAAGUGGGUUGCUCUCCACAGAAGCAGAUACAGCUCCCUCCAGCUGCCCUCAGGGCUGGGCUGGGGAAGAGGGUGGUGCAGGGGUGACCUGGCUCCUGGCACCUCUGAGCACUUGACGAACGGGUCCUUCAGCCCCCUAAGCCUUUCUAACAGCUUCUUGGGAGGCUGCUCGCAACCCAGAGCAAAGAGCGGCACCAGUGGCGAUGGAGGCAGUGGGGCAGGCAGCGCUGGCCUGGUGAGAGCCCAGCUGCAAGAGAGCCAGGAGGAGCUGAUGUCUCUGCUUGGGCGAGCAGAGCGUGCAGGAGCGCUGGAAGCGCAGCUCCGGGGCAUCACCCAGAGCAUUUCCCACCUGCACCAGCAGCAGCAGGACAAGAGGAGGGAGCUGGACAAUGUCCAGCAGGGCCUGGGGCAGGGUGAGGAGGACAUGGCUGAAUGUGUGCCGGAGCACAGCAGCUCGUGCCAAGCAAUCCUGAGACAGCUGGCAGACUUGGGGAGGCGCCUGGAGCUGGAGGAGUACCGCAAGAGCAUCGUGCAGAGGGACUGGGUGCUGGAGCUAACGGUCAGGCCAGCCCUCCUCCGGCAUAUUGAUGUGGUGCAGCAGCGCUGCAGGGAGCUGGAGAGAGUGGUGCUGGGGUGGGAGGAGGCUGGCCCAGCGCCUCUCCGGUCAGCAAAGAUGACAGACUCCGUGUCCUUGCCUGGCUCGGCUCACAGCUCCACGGCACAUGCCAUGCCAGGGAGUAGAGGCUCUCUUGCCCCUGGAAGCUGGCAGGGACAGUGACAGCAGGGGCCAGACUCUACUUUACCAUCUGCAGUAAUGUGCGCAUUGGAUGUGCGUGCACAUGCUUUGCUGGAAGGGCACAUGUGCAUGCAUCUGUGCUGUGUACCUCCGCGGCACAGCUACCAGUGAA